CCUUGACAUGCUGUCCCGGCGUUCUUUUUGCGGGGGAGUCCUGUAGAAUCCGCAUCUCUCUGCGAUGCUCUUGCCUUGGUGGAUCAUGCAAUGCGGGAAGGCAAAGUACGUGCGCACGUAAUAAUGCUGCAGGCCCCACUGCCAGCCCUCCUCCACCGGCGACCUUGGAAAGAAAAAAAUCGGUCGCCAGGGAGUGACACCUGCACAUCCUUUUGCUCUCAAAAAAUUUUGUUCCGAGCUCAUCCUCAUUAGCAAGUGCGCGCAAAGGGGAUUUUAUUUCGUUCACUGCACACUGGCCGCCUUCCGCCGGAUCGAGUAUAAAUAGCAUUGGGCCCGCCCAUUGUUCGUCUACCAGAAGGAAUAGGACAACGCAUCUCUCUUGUGUGCAACUUUUUUGUCUCCCUCCUAUAUACACCCCUGUAAUAUCUGUUACGGCACGCUACCUCUGCCCAUUGCCACUUACUGUCUCAAGCAUGGGCUGGAUUGACAAGCUAAACACCCGUGUCGCCCGCACGCCUUUCGGCAAGUGGUUCCGCCUCGAGGGCUCCGGCGCGCCGUCCGAGCGUGCUGGAUCCAAGUUCUCUGUCGAAUUGCGCGCUGGUCUGACGACAUUCAUCGCCAUGGCAUAUAUCAUCUCGACGAAUGCGCUCAUCCUCACCGACUCUGGAGGUCCUUGCGAUUGCGACCGCGAAAAGUUCGGCGCUACCUGCGAAACAGAUCCCGCCUACGCGACAUGCCUCCAGGAGGUCAAGCUGGAUCUGAUUACAGCCACCUGCGCCAUCUCCUGCCUUGCCUGUGUGCUGAUGGGUGCCCUGGCUAACCUGCCGAUUGCGCUGGCUCCCGGAAUGGGCCUCAACGCCUACUUUGCGUACACCGUCGUUGGGUUCCACGGCACUGGCAAGGUCACGUACCAGAAUGCUGUUGCGGCUGUAUGCAUCGAGGGCAUCAUCUUCUUUGUGCUGUCGGUCAUUGGUCUGCGCCAAUGGUUUGCGCGUCUGAUCCCGCUGUGCCUCAAGACUGCCACUGCCGCCGGUAUCGGAAUCUACCUGGCAUUUAUCGGUCUGCAGUCGUCGGCUGGAAUCGGCCUCAUCACCGGCAGCCCGGCUACUCUAGUUGAGCUCGGCGGGUGCCCGCCCGAGUUCCGCGACAAGAACAACCUGUGCACCUCUCACCACAUGCAGGGCGGCCCGACCUGGCUCGGCAUCAUGGGUCUGAUGGUUAUCGGCACUCUUCUCCUGUACAGACUCAAGGGCGCUAUCCUGAUCGGCAUUGUGCUCGUCGCCAUCAUCUCGUGGCCGCGCCCGACCUCGGUAACAUACUUCCCGUACACCGAGGCCGGCAACGGCGCGUUCGACUACUUCAAAAAGGUGGUCGCCUUCCACCCGAUCAAGCACACGCUCAGCUCGUACCACUGGGACCUGUCGUCGGGCGAAAUCUGGAUUGCGCUGAUCACGUUCCUGUAUGUGGAUAUCCUCGACUGCACAGGCACCAUGUUCUCGAUGGCCAAGUUUGCUGGCUACAUGGACGACAACACCCAGGACUUUGAGGGCUCCAGCAUGGCGUUCCUUGUCGACUCGGCGUCGAUUGCCAUCGGGUCGGCGUUCGGCUCGUCGCCAGUCACUGCAUUCAUCGAGUCUGGCGCGGGCAUUGCCGAGGGCGGCAAGACUGGCAUUACCACUAUGAUCACCGGCCUUAUGUUCUUCAUCUCGCUGUUCUUUGCUCCGAUCUUUGCGUCGUUCCCGCCCUGGGCCACUGGUCCGGCCCUGAUUACUGUCGGAUCGAUGAUGAUGCGCAAUGUUAUCUCGAUCAACUGGAACUACGUUGGCGACGGCCUGCCUGCAUUCAUCACCAUCAUUAUGAUCCCGUUCGGCUACUCGAUCGGAUACGGUCUGAUUGCCGGCAUUGGCUCGUUUAUCUUCAUCAACUCUGCUGUCUGGAUCUUGCACAAGGUCUCCGGCGGCAGAAUCUGUCCGCCCAACUUCAACGAGCGCGACAACUGGGUCGAGUUUGUCACCCGCGGUGGCUUCAAGAGCAACAUCCCGCCCUGGAUCAUGCGCCUGUUUGGCAAGCAGCCGGUCUCGCUGGCUCCUCACCACGACGUCGGCUCGGAGAACGAGCUCAAGGAGAUCGCAAUCGAGAACAGCAAGUCAAUCCACUAAUCCCCAACACCAGCUACUAAUCUCUCUCUGUAAUCAUCUACCACUAAUAAUCAAAUCAAUGCUCU